GUAGAUUCUAAAAUGCAAUUUGCGGUCGGUCGGUCACGCUGAGAACAACGGCGACUAUCAAAUUGAUUAAAUAUAUUUCACUUAAGUUAAGGAAACGCGCAACAAAAUAAUGAAAUAAUUGAUUAAAUUGCAAUGUGAAGCGUCGUUUGCUGUGACAGAGAGCGGGACCGACAGCAUAGGGGAUAAGCGCAAGUGUCAAUUUAGUUAACCAUUUAGAAUUCUUCACUCACUCACACACACAGUGAUGGCAUCGAACGAACAAACGAAAACGAAAACUACAAUUCAUUCUAAGCCAAAGCCACUAUUUGUGCGUGUGCGAUUGUGUGUGUGAGUGCACCGCUGUGUUGUGCGUAUGUGUGUGUGUGUGUUAGUGUUGGUCUGACGACAUUGACUACUAAGCCAGCCAUUACACCCAUUACCCAUUGCACUCCUCCCACUCCCCUCGCCGACCCUUCGGCUCCUUGGCACACACCACCCACAAAACUAGCAGCUAGUAACCGUUGUUCUUGUUCUUCUUUGUAUUAACUGCUACACAACAGGAGCAAUAAAAAACGAAAAAGAAAAACAACAGUAAUGUAAUGAAAUAAAGUGAAAUAAAGAACUCGAAAAAAGAAAAACAACUGAAAAAAUAAGAAUCGCAAAGAACAAUAAAUACAAGUGAAGUGAAAAAAUAAAAGAAAAAAACAAAAGCGAAAUGUGCCAUGUUUGUGUCGUCGGGCGUUCCACUGGAAGCGGCUGAGGAUUUCCAGUGAGCAAGCAGACAGCAGGACACAUUCCCUCCUCCCUCUGUCCAUCGCUCCUGGAACUGCAAGUCAGCAUGUUCAAUCGGCUGAUCAACACUGGAAGUGGCAGUGGAACUGGAAGUGCAGCUGGAACUACUGCUGGAACAAGCACAGCUCCUGUCGCUACUGCCGCUUCACUCAACGCGGAGCCAUCUCUGGCAGCAGCAGCUGGAGCUGCAGCGACGACAACGACGGCGACGACGACUGCAACGACUUCCAGUGGCGUUGGAACGACACCCAUCAGUGAUCUCUAUUUGCGUCCGCUGCCCUAUCUGGACGCCAAAUGGCUGCGCGCCGAUCUCAUCGCCUGCCUGCGCAACGCCUCCGAAGGCGCCGUGCUUUGGAAUCAUUUGAUCCACGACUGUGAACUGGUGUCGUCGCCGACGGCGCCCCUCGUGAAUGCCCGGGGUCAUCUCUCGUAUCUGGGCGACGAUGGCAAGCACUAUUGUGGCGCCCAGGCGCUCCAAUGCGCCUGCUGUCAACCGGAAUACUGUGGCCCGCUCUCCGCCUGCAAUUGCGAGGCGUGCCGUCCCCUCGACUCUGACAUGGCCAUCAAGAAGUUGACAUCGGCGGCUGCCCAACAGGCGGCCGCUGGCCAGCAGCAUGCCACGGAGCAGACACUGAACAGCUGGCUGUGGAGUCAGCCGCCCAAUCAGCUGGCCAAACACGAGUGCCAGCGUUCCCUAAUUGGCGAACUCCAUGAGCUGUCGCUGCGUGCCGCCGGCAACUGUUUGUCGGCGCAGCAGCUGCGUCAACAGCUAUUCAUCUAUGAGCGCUACUUUGUGGCUUUGAAGCGCAGUCAUCAAGCGCCGCCAGCUGCAACACAGCAGUCACAGCAACAACAGCAGCAGGUGACACCGCCUGUCCAAGAAGAUGUUGUGGUGGCUGCCUUGCCGCCGGAGAAACCCAUGGAGCAGCGCAAGGAGCCGGAGCAUGCGGCUCUUGGCUUGGCACGCGUCGGAACACGAGCUGCGCUCAACUUUAGCUUUGCCUUUCUGCGACGCGCCUGGCGCUCCGGCGAGGACAUGGAAAUGUGCAGCGAGCUGCUAAGCGAGGCGCUCGAAUCUCUGCAGGAGCUGCCCGAGGCGACGCUCUUCGAUGCCGCUGCCGAAGUGUCGCCAUUGUGGCUGGAGGUCAUGGAGCGUUCCAUUAAGUUUCUGCGCCUCGUCGCCCUCGGCGAUCCAAUGGGUGGCCGCUGCCUAGCGCCUCUGGCCGACAGGCACACUGCGCUCUGCCUGCUCCUUGAGCUGGGCGUGCAGAAGGGCACGCUGGCGGCGACGCUGGAGUGUGUGGUGCUCCUUCUGCUGCUGUGGGAGAAGGACAACGAUCACAGCGGUCACGGACAGCAACUGGGCAACAAUGGCGACAAUCGGGACAUGCCACGCAAGACGGGCGCUCCUCUCUUGCGCAUCCUGCAGCGUUAUCAACGCUUGGGCUCCGAUGCCACAGCCAACCACUGUCCAGGCAGCGCCUCGGGCUGUGCGAACUCCUCGAACUCGGUGGAGGCGACACCGAUGGCGAGUGCCACCGAAACAUUUCUGCGUUUUCUCAUGCUGCCCAAGAGCAGUGCUGCCAUUGUGGAUUUGCGUCGCGCGGCCGUCGUCAUCAUCUCCCACCUGGAUCGUCUCGUCCAGCCGCAUAUGCCGCAUCUCCCCAGCAGUCUCCUCCGAUUGCGUCCCCUCAAUACUGGCAACAACAGCAGCAAUAGCAACGGUGGCAACAACAACAACUCGGCGCUGGAACAGCAACGUGUUUAUGCGCUGGGUUGGCCAACGCUGUCGAAGGAGCAGCAGGGAUUCAAUGUGGAGCCAGCGCUCAGCUGGACAGGAGCCUCCACUGGCCAUCAACAGGCGGCGCCCUCACUGGCGCUGCUCAGCUGCAAGUUCCAGGUGAAGCAGGUCGUCUGCAGCGAGGAUAUUGUGCUGCUGCUCAGCGAAGAGGGAAAGCUCUACAAUUGGCGCAUUGCCAAGCCGGAGACGGAGCCGCAACUGCUCGACUUCCCGGAGAUUGCCAACGAGACAUUUACAUCGAUCGCCUCGCACUGCGAAGGACGCCACUUUUUGGCCAUCGACAGCAACUGCAACGCCUAUUCCUGGGGCCUGGGCGAUGGCCACCGGUUGGGUCAUGGGGACUGCCACGCCCGCGAGGUGCCCACCAAGAUCGAGAUGCUGGUGCGACUCGUCAAAGCCGUCUACUGUGGCUGCACCUACAGCGCAGCGAUCACCUGUCGAGGGAAUCUCUAUACGUGGGGCCGAGGCAUGUAUAGGGACGAUCAGUAUUUACCGGCGCUGGUGCUGAAGGAUCAUCAAGUGAUCGACGUGGCGCUGGGCAGCGGAGAUGUGCAUACGCUGUGUCUCACAGCCGAGGGAUUGGUGUAUGCUUGGGGCGAUGGCGAUUAUGGGAAACUCGGAGGUGGAGGCAAUGGGACAACUGGGAACAGCGGGAGCAACAUGAACAGCGUGCAGCCGCAGCUGAUCGAUUGUUUGCCGCGUGUGCAGCGCGUGUUUGCCGGCUCACAGUUCUCGCUGGCGCUUACUACCGAAGGACAACUCUACAGCUGGGGCAAGGCAUCCUGUCUGGGACAUCAGCAUGUGGAGCGAAGUGUGCCACGUUUAAUCACUGGACUGCAGCACAAGCGCAUUGUCGAUGUGGCGGUGGGCGUGGCGCAUUGCCUUGCUUUGAGCAGCAGUGGGGAAAUCUACGGCUGGGGACGCAAUGACAACCAACAGAUCUGUCCCGCCUCCGUCUGCAGUGAGCCGCUGAUACGUCAGCCCAUCCUUGUGGCUCUGCCCACGCUCCCAGCCAGCGGCAUGGCGUGCACAGCCGCCCAGAGUCUCAUCUGGACACAGAGCACACGACAGGGCGUUCCAUUGCGUGCCCCGUUCGUUAUUGAUCUUGGCGAGCCAACGUUUCGACUGCUUGACCAACUGUUGGGCAUGUGCAGCGCCAGCGCGGCGCAAGAUAAUAAUAGACAGACGCCCAAUCAGGAAUCGGAAUGCAUUGCCGUCGCCUGUCUCAAUCUGGUGCGACUGCAGCUGCUCGCGUUGAUUGCCAACGGUGUGGAGCCUCGGCAUGUGGGACUCGCGAGUGGCGGACGACUCUUGAACAGCCUGAAGACGCGCAUUCUCAGUCUGGCCGGAGGCAGCCAAGUGCUGCGCACCAUUCAAAUAGCCGCUCAGCAGGCGCUGCAGGACGGCUGGAGCGUGCUGCUGCCAACGGCUGCGGAGCGUGCUCAGACGCUGACGGCCUUGCUGCCAUCAGAACCGGGACAAGCGUGCUCGGCAGGACAUCGUUUCAUGACGGAUCUGCUGGUCAGCUCACUGAUGGCCGAGGGCGGCCUGGAGACGGCGCUGCAGCAUGCGAUACGCUUGGAGAGCAGCUCCUGUUCGACCGACUGCGCUGAUGGCGCACAUUUGCCACUGCUGCAGCUGAUUACACGACUGCUGGGCAACAAUGCGGCGCUUACUCAGAGCAGAUUGAACCUAACGCUGCUCGCUAAGCAGCAGCAUCAGCAUCAAAUGCAGCAGCAACUGCCGGAUGAGGAACAGCAUCAUCAUCAUCAUCAUCACCAUCAUCACCACCACCAUCAUCAUCAUCAGCCACAGCAUCUGCAUCAGCCGAGCACAACGAGUCCCAGCUUGUGUCUGCUGCAUCGCUUUCAGCGUCUGUUGCUCGCGCACAUUCAUCAAGCGGGCAGCGAGGAGGACACAACGGGAGCGGAGGCAUUGCUCUCGCAAUAUCUGCACAGCUUGAUUCCCGCCUGCGUUAGCACCAUGCAGCAGGCCCAUGAGCUCGCCUUGCAGUGUCGCGAGUCAAGCGACAGCUUGACGCACUCGCAUUCACAUCCGCAUCCCUUGGGCGCCGCCCUGAGUCGUGUCCUGCAGGCGGACAUCUCGGAUGCGCUGCUGCACGAGUUGCUCGUGGGUCUUGUGCUUCUCAAACGGGAUCGGCCGCAAUGCUUGGCCAGCUUUCGAUGGGCACGUCUCUGUUUGCCGCUGCUGCGUGCGCUGGAUCGCUUGAAUCGGGCCCUGGGCGAGGGAGAACUGCGCGAUGGCGACGACAUGGGCUGGCCGGGCAUCAUCUGCCGUGGCGGUCCCAAAGGCUCUGCUCCGCCGCCCACAUCAACCGAUCCCGAGACGCACUAUGUGCGUCGCGCCGAUCUCGACAAUCUGCUGCUCGACGGCAAUCGCUGCAUCAUUCUAGCUGGUUACGUUUGCGAUCUCUCCAACUACAGCUGCGAAUCGGACAACUUGCGUGCGCUGCUGGAGCUUGGCUUAGGCAAGGAUCUGAGCGUGGAGCUGAGCACGCCGGCGCAUCGCUGUGCCAUGGAGCAGAUGCUGCAGCACUACAAGCUGGGCAAGUACAUGGCCGCCCACGGCGCCAAUGACGAGAAGGCAUCAACGCCAGCAGCGACACGCUUGACGCACUUUAGCUCAGAGUGUGCGCUCGCCCAGCUGCUGGGAUUGGUGGCCAAUCUGAUGUGCAGUGGACCCAGUUUGCAGCCGGCGGAGCUGCAGUGCCGCCAGCUGGACAAGUCGUCGCUGUUGAGCGGGGGAUUGCUGCUACUUCAACCGAGCAAUCCCUUUGACGAGGAGAAGGGUGAGGCGCGCAGCAGCCACAGCACGGCGGGCAACACACCCACGGAGACGCCGCUGGUGGUGCCGCCAACACGGCGUCUUGGCGCCCUUGAGCAGCUGCAAAGUCGCGUCGAUGGCUUCAUUGCUGGCCUGGCCGAGGCGCGUCUCUCCGAGCCGCUGGUAGCCAACUGGUUGGCGCUAACGGAACGCUAUUGCAAGGCGCACAAUCUCAUGUGGCACCAGGAGUUCGCCACCGAGCAUCCCGUGCAGGAGCUGGAGCGUCUGCUCAGCGCCGUGCUGUUGCGUCAUCAAUGCUUGGGCGGCAUGGUGCUCGCAGCCUUGGAGACGCCAGCAACAGACGCUGCGAGUGGCGAGCAACAACAGCAACAACAACAGCAGCAGCAACAACAGUCGCUGCCGAAGCAGCUGGGCGAGAUCAUACGGCUGGUGCAUCAGGCCAAGUGGUCGGUGGUGCGGACGCGACAGCAGCUGAAUCGCAGCUAUAAGGAAGUGUGUGCUCCCGUUCUGGAGCGAUUGCGUUUUCUGCUCUACGAGGUGCGCCCGGCGAUUAGUCCGCAACAGCGUGGACUGCGUCAUCUGCCCAUUCUACAGCGUUUGCCACGCUUUCGGCUGCUCGUGCGGCGGCUGCUGCAAGAGUUGCGCGCAGCCAAGCAACAGCAGCCGGUGGCCAAGCCCGAGGAUCUGCUCAACGCAAGCAUUCAACAGCAACAGCAGCAGCAACAACAGCAGCAGCAACAGACUGCGGAAUUGCUGAUCUACGAGCAGCAGCAGGAGGAGCAACAACAGCAGCAGAAGAAGCAGCCCAAAGUCAAGGAGCAGAAGCAACUGGACGAGGAGGAGUCGUUGCUGCGGCGUCUCAACGAACGCCAGCUGCAAGCGGACAUCGAGCUGGACACCACGCUGCUGCAGGACAUUGUGGACUUUGCGCUGCAGGACAGCUGCGAUGUGGAGACUGUGCGGCGUGCCAUGUAUUGUCAAAUGCAGCGUUUCCAGCUGCGCCUCGCCGGUCUGCAGCUGGUGCAGCAGCUGCUCGAGCUGCACGGCCUCCUGGAUGCCACGCAGUACAGUCUGCUCAACGGGUAUCUGGGACUGCAUCUGAAGGCGGCGGCCAGCGGCGCAUCGCCGCAGCAUGUGCUCGGCCAGCUGAACAUGGUCAGUGCGUAUCAGAAGGCGCGAUUGCUGCUCGCCCAGGCCGGCGUCCUCGAUUGGGCGGUGCGGGAGCUGCGACGCCUCGUCAACCAGGAGCAACAGGGCGCUGUGCGUGGCAAGGAUAGCUGCAACCUGAGCACUUAUGUGCUGCUGAAGCGUUUGCCGCGCGCUCGCUUUCUGAUCAGCGUGUUUGGUCUGCUCGCCAAGGAGCUGGGCGCCAAUGAGCUGGGACUGCUGAUCAACUCUGGACUGCUGGGCACAGUGCUGGGCCUUUUGGCGCAGACGGGCGCCGAGGGCAGCAGUCGACAGAACAGCAGCGAGCUGAGCGUGCUCUACGAGGACAGCGUGCUGAAGCAGAAGUGCAGCAAGGCGCCGCUGAGUGGCCCCGAUCUCGCCAAGCUCAUGAAGAUCGGCACGCGCAUUGUGCGUGGCGGUGACUGGAAAUGGGGCGAUCAGGAUGGCAAUCCCCCGGGGGAGGGUCGCAUCAUCAGUGAAGUUGGCGAAGAUGGUUGGGUGCGCGUGGAGUGGUAUACGGGCGCCACCAACUCGUAUCGCAUGGGCAAGGAGGGUCAGUACGAUCUGCAGCUGGCUGACAGCGCCUUGAACGUCGCCUCGCCCACUGAGCCGGAGCGUGAACUGGAGCUGGGUGGCAACUGCUCGGAGCCACCGCCCAGUAGUGAAUCGCAUCCAUCGAAGCUGCUGCGACAUUGUGCCGCCAAGCUGCUGCAGAUACUCGCAGUGGGCAGCGGCCUGCAUGGCGCUCAGCUGGACAAGCAUGCGCUGCGAGGCGUCACCAGCAUGUUUCGGGCCAUGCUCGAUCCCAAACCUGCGCUGGCCAAUGUGGUGCAUUGUUUAGGUUGGCUAAACCUCGGCUUCAUACGCGCCAUAGCAGGUGACUGCCCGCGUCUUUGCCUGGAACUGAGUGCACCCAACUGGCUGGCGCAUUACUUUGCGUUGCUGGAGCAGCCGGCGGGCAACGAACGCGGCGUCUACCGUCAACUGCACUGUCUACGGCUGCUGCAGUGCAUCCUGUCGUCGUGGUCGGGCGAGCAGGAGCCACGCAUGGCGGCGCUGGUGCGUCAGCUGUUCGCCACGCUUGGCCGGAUUGCGCUUCACUGUCCCGGCGACGCAACACUGCAGCCCCAGGAGAGCGGCAAGGCGCGUGUCCUGCUCACCGCUUCGCAUUCGGGCAGCGUGGCCGAGGAACUGGUAGCGCUGUUGCGUCGCCUGCACACCCAGCCCCAUUGGAAUGCGGUGAUCAAUUCGUUUAUGGCCCAGAAACUGUGCGUGGCCGCUGAACUGUUGCAGGGCGAAUCGCAAUUGCCGCCGCCAACGCAACAACCGCUGGAUAUGGAGCACAGCUUUGUGCUGGGCGUGCUCAGUGCCAUGGGUGGCUACGAUCUGCGACCCCGCGUCGGUCUGCAUUGCUUCCACGAGGGCAGCCACAUGAUCAUCGCCAGCUUCACGCACAAGGGACGUUGUCUUCUCGCACACAGUAGUCCCGGUAGCAGCAGUAGCAGCUCCACGAACACGGGGCUGGUCAAGGUGCCGUUGGCAACGGUGCUGCCGCAGCUGGAUCACAGCGUCUUCAGCCUGACACGGCUGCCCAUGAACGAGAUGCUGCUCAAUGCCUGGACGGUGCUGCUCUAUGGUCCGGCCAGUGCCAAUGGAAAUGGCGGUCCCGGCGCUGCUGGCUGGGAGAUGCUCAACAACAGCGAAGGUCGGCUUGAUGUGCGUUUGCUGCGCAGCCAGCAGCUGCAACUGUCGGUGCUGCAUACCAACGGCGUCCUCUACAGGCAUCAGGCGGCGCUACGCAAGAUCCUGAAGCAACGAGCGCCAGCUGGAGGCUAUAACAACAUCGAGGGCAACGAAGAGACGGAAACGGAGCCUGAACCAGAAGCGGAGCCCGAGGCAGACGCCGAAUUGCAGUCCGAGCAGUCGGAGAUGCACUCGAAUAGCAAUCGAAAGGGCAGCGGUAAUGGACGAUACAACAACAGCAGCACGAGCAGCAAUGGCAGCCAGCAGGAGCAGCUGCUCAUCCAGUGUCUGUUGCUGAGAGCCACGCAACCCUCUCCGGUGAAGGCGUGCUAUAGCUACACGGAUCUGGCGACGGCAGCGCUGAACUGCGUCCAAUCGCUGGCCACCCAGGCGCAUCAGCAGCUCAAUGCUGCGGCCGAUCAACUGGAUCAGCCGCUGGUGCUCGCGAGUCCCGCACAGCCGACCAUGGUGCAUGGCAUACCGGUGUACAAUGUGGCCAAGGAGAAGUUUCAACAGCCCAGCGCAGUGGCUGCUGAGCAAGGGAAAACUCAUGCGCUGCCUGUGGCUGCGAGCGAUGCACAACUGAUUGGCAAGAUUAUGGAAAUGGGAUUCACGCGCGGCACCGUUGAGUUGGCGUUGAAGCAACUCUCGCUGCAGGCGGAAGCGAUGCUGCCGACGCCCGAGCAGAUUGUGCAGUGGAUACUUGAGCAUCCCGAUGUCUGUGCCAACACCAUUGAAGACGAGGCAACGGUUAGCGUUGAGCCGGAAGCGGAUGCGGAGGGAGAUCAGGACGCGCAGGAGAAACAUCAGGCCGCAGGAGAACGACACAGUUCAAGCGACAGCAGUCGCAGCAACUCGAGCAGCAGCAGCUCGACCACCAGCAGCUCCUCGGACACGGUCGAGGGUCAGGGACAAGCACAAGCGCAAGCGACUUUAAUGAAGUUCGAGACACGCAAGGAUUUCCCCACAACGGAUCACUAUGCAUUGUAUGUGCGGGGCUUGGUCAGACCCGGAAUGUUAGUGCGUUGCUGUCGCGACUUCGAGGAGAUCAAACAGGGCGACAUAGGCACCGUGCUCAUUGUGGACACAGAGGGAUUGCACGAUCUCAACGUGCAGGUGGAUUGGCGCAAUCAUGGCAGCACCUAUUGGGUCUGUUUCGUUCACAUUGAGCUCGUCGAAGCGUCACAGAGUCAGCUACUCUCACUGCCAUUGCCACGUCCACCGCCGCCCAUUGCAGUCGGCGCUCGCGUGAGACUACGAACUGGUAACAUGGCUGGCGGCGGCGGCGGAGUCUUAAAUCGUCAGUCGUGCGGGUCGCUGUUGCGUCUGGGAGGAUCGCGCUCCGGCCAGCCGGACUAUGGCCAGGUGACAGCGAUGCGGGGCAAGCAGUUGACUGUGGAGUUCCCGGAUCAGCCAAACUGGCAGGGUCACAUCAACGAUGUCGAACCCUAUCCACCGCCACCGACGUCCGCUCAGUUGCAAGCUCAACUCCAGGUGCAGGCGCAAUCGCAGCUCAAUGCGACAGCAGCGGCAGGACAACCAGGAGCACACGCGGAUCUCAUUGAGGAUUGGUCGCGUUGCAUACGCUCGUUGAGUGUCAGCUCGAAUGAGGCGGAUGCCAAGCAUCUGCUUGAUGGCAGCGGACUCGCCUGGCAGAGCUGCUCGAGUGGACCUUGUCGCCAUUGGAUACGCCUGGAGCUGCACGAUCGUGUGCUCGUCCACAGCCUGGCGCUACGUGUUUCCCCCGAGGAUCACUCGCAUAUGCCAUCGCUGUUGGAGGUACGAGUGGGUGAGUGCGUCGACAGCCUGAAGGAAUAUACGUGGAUACCGGUGUCGACGGGCAGCAGUCGCGUCGUCCUCAUGCAGCAGGUGGCCAGCUAUUAUCCUUGGAUUGAGAUUGUGAUCAAACAAUGUCAGAAUAAUGGCAUUCAGUGCAAGGUGCAUGGCCUGCAGUUCAUAGGUCGUCGCCAGCAGCCGGACAUUCAGCAUAUGCUGGCCAAUGCACAGUUCCUGGCCUGCGAGUAUGGCUCCAGCGGAGCGGGAGGCGCAUCCACCUCAGCCGGGGGAUCUACAGAUGCUGGCGCCGAUGUCACAGCCGAAUCGCUAGCAGCCAGCGCCGAGCAGGAACUGCCCUGCACCGUCAUGGUGUGGGGUCUCAACGACAAGGAGCAGUUGGGUGGCCUCAAGGGCUCCAAGGUGAAGGUGCCGACGUUCUCGCAGACCAUCAGCCGUUUGCGUCCCAUUCACAUUGCCGGCGGCUCCAAGUCACUGUUUGUGGUCAGUCAGGAUGGCAAGGUUUAUGCCUGUGGCGAGGGCACCAAUGGCCGACUGGGCCUAGGAGUUACCCACAAUGUGCCGCUGCCACAUCAGCUGCCGGUGCUGCAUCAGUAUGUCGUGAAGAAGGUCGCCGUCCAUUCCGGAGGAAAGCACGCUCUGGCGUUGACGCUGGACGGCAAGGUGUUUAGUUGGGGAGAGGGCGAGGAUGGCAAGCUGGGACACGGCAAUCGCACAACGCUGGACAAGCCGCGUCUUGUGGAGGCGCUACGGGCCAAGAAGAUACGUGACAUUGCCUGCGGCUCAUCGCACUCGGCGGCUAUCAGCAGUCAGGGUGAGCUCUACACCUGGGGACUGGGUGAGUACGGACGUCUGGGACACGGUGACAAUGCCACCCAGCUGAAGCCGAAGCUGGUGACGGCGCUGAACGGACGUCGGGUGAUUCAGGUGGCCUGUGGCAGCCGGGAUGCCCAGACAUUGGCCCUGACCGAGGACGGUGCUGUGUUCAGCUGGGGCGAUGGCGACUUUGGCAAGCUGGGACGCGGCGGCAGCGAGGGAUCGGCGACACCACACGAGAUCGAACGCCUCUCCGGCAUCGGAGUCAUUCAAAUCGAGUGCGGCGCACAGUUUAGCCUGGCGCUAACGCGAGCCGGCGAGGUGUGGACCUGGGGCAAGGGUGACUACUAUCGGCUGGGACAUGGCGGAGAUCAGCACGUGCGCAAGCCACAACCGAUUGCCGGACUGCGCGGUCGUCGGGUCAUCCAUGUGGCUGUCGGCGCAUUGCAUUGCCUGGCGGUGACGGACGCCGGACAGGUGUACGCCUGGGGCGACAACGAUCACGGGCAGCAGGGCAGCGGGAAUACGUUUGUGAACAAGAAGCCCGCCCUGGUCAUUGGCCUGGAUGCGGUCUUUGUGAAUCGCGUUGCCUGCGGCAGUUCGCAUUCGAUGGCCUGGGGUCUGCCCAAUGCCAGUCUCGACGAGGAGAAGCGCGGCCCGGUGCCCUUUGGCAGCACCCGCGAUCCCCUCGGCGGCAGCAGUCUGGGCAUCUAUGAGGCGGAGACACAGCCAGCGGAUGCGGCUGGCUGCAAGCUGGAUCCGAAGACAACGGCAACCACUUCAUCGUCGGCAGCUGCCGCAGCAGCAGCGGCCGCAGCUGCCGCCUCGGCAUCCAGCUCGUUGGCCAGUCUCAGCGAGAGUCUGGCGCUCGAGACGCCGGCAGCGCGUCAAGCGGCGUUGGGACAUGUGCUGCGUGCCAUGGGCAUUCUGCAGGCAAGGCAGCUGAUUGUGGCGGCGCUGACAAGUCACAGCAAGGUGAACUACAAGGAGACGACGGCGCGACACGUGACGGGCGUGCAGCUGGAGCUGGAGGAGCAGCUGACGAACGCAGCAAGCGGAGCGGCAACAGCGAACAAUGCAACAACCGCAGCGAUCGCUCAGGGUGGCGGCGAGGCGCCGGCGGACGCCAGCGAUGCGGCACUGCUGCCGGAGCAGCACAGUCCCGCCGGCGAGCUGGAGACACCGACGCCGCUGGUGGCGGCAGCAACAGCAGCAGCAGGAGGAGGAGGAGCCACGGGAGUUGUGGCGCCAUUGACAGCGGGACCGCUGAGCGCCUUCCAGAGCCUGACGGGCUCGUUGUCCAUGUCGGGCAUGUCGGCGGGUUCGCACUCUCGGAUGUCCGCCAGCGCCAUGUCGGUGAUGGCCGCCACGAUGACACAGCAGGAGGAGAUGCUGGCGCAGUUUAGUCACAAUCACGGUCUAGAUGACUUUGGCACACUGCUGCAGGAGCCGGAGGCCAAGAGUUUGGUGGAGCUGCUCAAGCUGGCUGUCUGCGGACGCUGUGGACCACCGAGCACCGCGCAGACCAUCGCCGAGACAUUGAUUUCGCUGAGCAGCAACGCAGCGAUUGCAGCCAUGCUGCUGGAGACGUGCAUCACAGAGCUGGAGGAUCUGUGCACGUCGCGCCACUGUCUGGGCAAGCUGCCCAAGCCGGUGAUGCAGGAGAGCAGCCAUCCGUAUGUGGACAAUAUGAACGUGAGCGGAACGGUGCGCAUUCCGGGCGCCGAGAUGCUGCGCCUCGAGUUCGACAGCCAGUGCAGCACAGAGAAACGCAACGAUCCGCUGGUCAUCAUGGACGCCGCCGGUCACAUGCUGGCCAUGCGCUCGGGUCGCGAGUUUGCCCAUUGGGCACCCGAAAUUCGGGUGUUGGGCGACGAGUUGCGGUGGAAAUUCUGCUCGGACAGCUCGGUUAAUGGCUGGGGCUGGCGCUUCUGGGUGCACGCCAUAAUGCCGGCGGCGACGCUCGGCGAGAGCGGUUCGGAUCGUGCAGUGCUGUCGCAGCCAUCGAUGGCCUUGGUCAUGGCGCUGCUGGACGCUCGCCUGGCGCCUCGUCAACCGCAGGUGCUCUUGCGUCUGGCGGCCGCCUUGGCGGCUUGCGCUCAACUGGGCGCCCUGAGCACAGCCCAACGCAUCUGGGCACUGCGCAAGCUGCAUGCGGUCCUGCUGCUGGAACAGGCGCCCAAGCCACAGGAGCCAGCCUUGGCGGCUAUACUGAUGCCCCUGAUCCCAGAGUUGUUGCGUCAGUACGAGUACGAGGAGCCGCAGGUGCGAGGCGGGAUUCACUUGAUGCACUCGGAUUACUUCAAGACACUGGCUGCCCUGGCCUGUGACAUGCAGCUGGACGCCGUGCUGCCCACUAGCCUAUCGAUGGCACAUGGCUUGGGUUGUGCCGGAGCCAGCGGCAGCGGAAGUAGUGGAACAGCAGCCACAGGAGCAGGAGGAGGAGCGAGUGGCAGCAGCGGCAACGGAGUCGGUUGCAGCGGAAGCAGCAGCAGCCUCAACUCGGCGGCCGCUAGUUCAGGAGAUGUCCACAAGUGGGCGUGGUUUAAGCGCUACUGCAUUGCGGUGCGUGUCGCCCAAUCGCUGAUCCGACGCACGGAAUUGCCGCGUCAAUUCUGCCUUGAGGUGCGCAAGAAGUUCGCCGAGAUGCUGCCGGCGCCAGCUGCUGCCGCGGUGGCAGCGGCAGCCACAGCAGCCGCUACCUGUCCGGGCUGCCAGUCGCCGGGGGCCUCGCUCAUCAACUCGACGACGUCGCUGUCCUCGAGCACGGCCAGCAAUGCAUCCGGAGCGGCGGCGGCAACGGAACAACAGCUGCAGCAGCAACAGCAACAGUUGCUGCAGCAGGAGCUGCUGCUGGAGCAGCAGUCAAAGGAGCCGUUGCAGUUGCUGCAGCACGAGGAUCACACGCUGUUCCAGGCGCCGCACGAUGCCCAGCUGCUACAGUGGCUCAAUCGCCGGCCGGACGAUUGGGCGCUCAGCUGGGGCGGCGCCAGCACCAUUUACGGCUGGGGACACAAUCAUCGUGGUCAGCUGGGCGGUCUGGAGGGCAGCCGCAUCAAGACGCCGACGCCAUGCGAGGCGCUUAGUCUGCUUCGUCCGGUGCAGUUGGCGGGUGGGGAGCAAUCUCUGUUUGCAGUCACGCCCGAUGGGAAGCUCUUUGCCACUGGUUACGGUUCGGGCGGACGCCUUGGCGUUGGCGGCAGCGACUCGUGGGCGAUACCCACACUGCUUGGAUCUCUGCAGCAUGUGUUUGUGAAGAAGGUGGCCGUGAAUUCGGGUGGCAAGCAUUGCCUCGCUCUGACCACGGACGGCGAGGUCUAUGCCUGGGGCGAGGGCGAGGACGGCAAGCUGGGACACGGCAAUCGCAUGAGCUACGAUCGACCCAAGCUCGUGGAGCACUUGAAUGGAAUGAGUGUGGCAGACAUUGCCUGCGGCAGCGCGCAUUCGGCGGCUAUCACGGCCAGCGGACAUGUGCUCACCUGGGGCAAGGGACGCUACGGCCGCUUGGGACACGGCGACUCGGAGGAUCAGUUGCGUCCGAAGCUGGUGGAGGCGUUGCUUGGCUUUCGGGCCAUCGACAUUGCGUGCGGCUCGGGAGAUGCGCAGACGUUGUGCAUCACGGAUGACGACAAUGUGUGGAGCUGGGGCGAUGGCGACUACGGCAAGCUGGGACGCGGCGGGAGUGAUGGCUGCAAGUUGCCCUACAAGAUCGAAAGUCUCGCCGGUCUCGGUGUCAUCAAGGUCGAGUGUGGCUCACAGUUCUCCGUGGCGCUGACGAAAUCGGGCGCUGUUUACACCUGGGGCAAGGGUGACUUUCAUCGGCUGGGACACGGCUCGGUGGAUCAUGUGCGACGGCCGAAGAAGGUGGCGGCGCUGCAGGGCAAAAAGAUCAUCUCGAUUGCAACGGGUUCGCUGCACUGCGUCGCCUGCAGCGAUGCCGGCGAAGUCUACACCUGGGGCGACAACGACGAGGGACAGCUGGGCGAUGGCACCGUGACCGCCAUCCAAAGGCCGCGACUCGUCGCCGCGCUGCAGGGCAAGCACAUUGUGAAGGUCACGUGCGGAUCGGCUCACACGCUGGCAUUGUCCACGUCCCAGUUGAGCGAGCGACUGCGUCCGCUGCCCAAUCCGCCGCUGGAAUACGAUCUGGUGCGCGAUUUGUCGCCCGAGGCGUUGCACGCUCGCCUCAUACUGUUGCAUCACUUCUCGGAGCUGCUGUGCCCCUGCCUGGCCAUGCUGCCCAUUGCGGGCGAUCUCAGUCUGGGCGCCCUCAAGGAUGUGCUUGUGUACAACAUCAAGGAGGCCGCCUUCCGCAAGGUCAUCCAGACGACGAUGGUGCGCGACAAACAGCACGGACCCGUCAUCGAGCUCAAUCGUAUCCAGGUGAAGCGUUCGCGAAGUCGUUGCAACGGACUCGCCGGCAUCGAUGGCAUGAAGAGCGUCUUCGGUCAGAUGGUGCAAAAGCUGCCGCUGCUCACCCAGGAGGCCCUGGCGUUGCCGCAUCGCGUGUGGAAGGUGAAGUUUGUGGGCGAGAGCGUCGAUGAUUGCGGUGGUGGCUACAGCGAAUCGAUUGCCGAGAUGUGCGAUGAGCUGCAGAAUGGCAGCGUGCCGCUGUUAAUCAGCACACCGAAUGGACGAGGCGAGGCGGGCGCCAAUCGCGACUGCUUCCUGCUGGAUCCCACGCUCACCUCCGUGCUGCAGAUGAACAUGUUCCGCUUCCUGGGCGUCAUCAUGGGCAUUGCCGUGCGCACCGGAUCGCCGUUAAGUCUGAACUUGGCGGAACCAGUGUGGCGACAACUGACUGGGGAGCCGCUGCGUCCCACCGAUCUCACCGAGGUCGAUCGCGAUUAUGUGGCUGGUUUGCUCUGCAUACGCAACAUGGAUGACGAUGCCAAGCUCUUCAACACACUGGAGCUGCCCUUCUCAACGUCCUCGGCUCGCGGUCAUGAGGUGCCGCUGUCCACCCGAUACACGCACAUCUCUCCCCGGAAUCGGGCCGAAUACGUGCGUCUGGCGUUAGGCUUUCGCCUGCACGAGUUCGACGAACAGGUGAAGGCGGUGCGCGAUGGCAUGUCCAAGGUGAUACCUGUGCCGCUGCUCUCGCUUUUCUCGGCCGCCGAACUGCAGGCGAUGGUCUGUGGAUCACCAGAUAUACCGCUGGGUCUGCUCAAGUCCGUGGCCACCUACAAGGGCUUCGAUCCGAGCUCAGCGCUUGUCGGCUGGUUCUGGGAGGUCAUGGAGGAGUUUACCAAUCAGGAGCGCUCGCUGUUCCUGCGCUUUGUGUGGGGAAGGACGCGGCUGCCGCGCACCAUAGCCGACUUUCGAGGACGCGACUUUGUGCUGCAGGUGCUCGAGAAGAAUCCCCCGGAUCACUUUCUGCCCGAGAGCUACACAUGCUUCUUUCUGCUCAAAAUGCCGCGCUACUCUUGCAAGGCUGUGCUGCUGGAGAAGCUCAAGUAUGCUAUCCACUUCUGCAAGAGCAUCGAUACCGAUGAGUAUGCGCGAGUGGCGAUGGGCGAACCCACCGAGGCGACUGGCAGCGAGGACAACAGCGACCUGGAGUCGGUUGCCAGUCACGAUGGCUAAAGAUAGAAGCUGGACAGAGGAUAGAAGAUGGAAGAACAAGAGAUACCCUUUGAUAUUUAGGAGAAGCUGUUGCUGCUUCUCCCGCGUUAGCUCUCCUGCUUAGCAUAAACACUCGAAACUCACACACACACAUACGCACUUAAACUUUUGAUUAGUCGAUAAAGUCGAUGAUUAUAUAUAGCGCAUAGCAAUUGCAAACGCAGCAGUUAAGCAACUCCACACGAAAAAGACAGAGAAAGAGAGAAUGUGAGAGGUGAAAGAGAUAGAGACAGAGAGAGAGAGAGAGAGAAUGUGAGAGGUGAAAGAGAUAGAGACAGAGAGAGAGAGAGAGAGAGAGAUAAAGGUAGUUAAUGAGCCCAUACCAAAAAGAAAAAGAAGAGAAAUGAAAAGCAAACGUUGAAUGUUAUUUCCAUAUUGCAUAAAUGUUAGUUCAAAAGUCCACACUCAUAAUUAUACAUAAAUAAUGCCACGAAUAUUUAUAUAUAUAGACAGACACACACAUACACAUACAUACACAUAACUGCUGCAUUCACAUAUAUGUACAUUGAUAUACAUAUAUGUAUAUGUCUUAUUUAACUAAACAUUAAACAUAUGCUUACAUAGCUUACCUAUUUAACGGAUUGCACACUGAUCUGCAAUCCAGCAACUGAUGAUAAGAUAUUAAUUGAUAUUAAAUGUAUUGUUUACGAAAGCGAAUGAAUUGCCACUCCCUUCCCCCCCCUCAAGAGAACAUCCCCAAAGUACUACAAUUAAACGAUAAAGAUACAAUACAAUACACUACACUAUACACUAUAUAAUAUAUAUACAUAUAUGCUAAUGAUGAUCAAUUCUAGUUACGUGUUUUGAGGCAAAACUAAAACUAAACAAAAACUAUAAAAAUGAAGAAAAAAAAACUGGCAACUAAAAACAGAAUGAAAACUCUGAAAUCCGAAAUAAAAUAUAUUAUGAAAAAUAUAUAUAUAAAAUGCCACUUGUAGUAUGAAUAAGUAAUAGGUUUUAGGUUUUCGGUAGGACUACGAAGGGCGGAACAUAGACCAGUAGAGGUCCGUAGCUGUGCCGAUUUAAGGUCUCAGAAGUUGCACAGGAAUAAAAAGAAUAUUGUUGUUGGUUUUAAUUUGAUUUCAGUUGUCAUUCAUUGCGUACUAUUUUUUUUUGUAUAAUUUUUUUUUUUAGAAAAUGCGAAUUUUGUGACCGUUUCUUUUAGCGUUCCAAUUGUUCGCUCACUCGUCAAAGUCCUCAAAGAACAUUUCCGAGGCAAAGUCAUCCUCAAAGGCGCGAAAGCGCGGCUGCGGUUGCGUCUGUGCUUGAGACUGGACGAGCUCUUGCGGCUCUUGAUUUAGGGGCAGCACUAGAUCGAUGUCACAGCUGCCUGUGGUCGGCACACAGGAUUUGGGUGAAGUGCGUCGCUCGCGGUUGAGCUGAUUGUCCGCACCAUAGUCGCUGCCAUCGCCAUCGUCCUCCAUUUGUCUAGCUUCAGCAGCGGCGGCGGCGGCAGCAUCAGAACUCAUAUCUUCGCCGUCUCUGUAAAGCGUUGCGGCGGUGUUGUCGGCUGAGGAGUUGUCGCCCAAGACGGCGCCAAUAACAUUGCGCAGGGCCCGUGAGGCGGCCUCCUGCAUGUGACCGAUAAUUUCGCGCGCCGGAUGCACUUGAUCCUCAUGGGGAGACGGCAUCUGCA